CAGUUUCGAAAUUUGCUGCCAGUUCCAGCCCUCCGGGCACUUGCAGAAAAGUCUUUCUUCUCCAAGAUAGGAGAGCGAGUUGGCCCCCAAUAAAAGACAUCGUGUUUGCCUAACGCCCCGGCACCCUUCCCAUUGUGAUCCAAGAUUCUCAGCACCCCAAGCUAUCUCCUCUCCCUGGCCAGGGUGGUCCAGGCGACCAGGCUGGGAAGGCACGCGGCUGAGCAUUCUUCCCAGGCAGUGACCGUACAAGUGCUGGAAUGACCAUGAUGUUCCUAUAAAAGCCGACUCCGAACGGUGGGUCUCCAGCCUGAUAAUCCACAUGGUCGGGCGAUGUCUGAGAGCCGUCGGAGUUAUUUGAUGGGUUAUUUGGAUUCUGGAGCCAGAACGCCUGGAGUAACUGCUUUCCACUCUAGCGGUGUGACCUUGGCCAGAAGAGAACACUGAGGCCCAGAAAAAAGCAAGUUUUCAGCCCAGAAAGAUGAAGCCAAGGUUUCUAAUGCUUAGGAUGUCUCACAGCUGAGCCUACAGAAAUCCCGGAAGCCCUUCCAGGGUCAGGGUCUCAAAGGGCCCCUGAGUCGCUCGACGUCUCCCUUGGUCUCUGACACCUUGUCAACACCCCAGCCCUGACCAGCGCACCCACCCUCGGCCGCGCCGGUGCCGAGGCUCCUUUAAGGCAGGCCCCGCCCCUGCCCCCACCCCCAUCUGCCCUGGGCGCCGGCUCGGGCGCGUGCUUGGCGGGCUCAGUCCGGGCCCAGCGGCGGCGGCGAUGGCAGGCGUGGCUCUGAGGGUCGCUAGGCGGCAGCUGAGCCAGCGCAGCCGGUCUGGAGUCCCGGUCCUCCUGCGGCAGAUGUUUGAACCCAAGAGCUGCACCUACACCUACCUGCUGGGUGACAGAGAGACCGGAGAGGCCGUUCUGAUCGACCCGGUGCUGGAGACAGCUCCUCGGGACGCCCAGUUGGUCAAGGAGCUGGGGCUGCGGCUGCUCUAUGCUGUGAAUACCCACUGCCAUGCAGACCACAUCACUGGCUCAGGGGUGCUCCGAUCCCUGCUUCCCGGCUGCCAGUCUGUCAUCUCGCGCUGCAGUGGGGCCCAGGCUGAUUUACACAUUGAGGAUGGCGACUCUAUCCGCUUUGGACACUUUGCCUUGGAGACCCGGGCCAGCCCUGGCCAUACCCCGGGCUGUGUCACCUUUGUCCUGAAUGACCACAGCAUGGCGUUCACUGGAGAUGCCCUGCUGAUCCGAGGGUGUGGCCGAACAGACUUCCAGCAAGGCUGUGCUAAGACCUUGUACCAUUCUGUCCACAAAAACAUCUUCACACUUCCAGGGGAGUGUCUGGUUUACCCGGCUCAUGAUUACCAUGGGCUUACAGUGUCCACCGUGGAGGAGGAGCGGACUUUGAACCCUCGGCUCACCCUCAGCUGUGAGGAAUUUGUCAAGUUGAUGGACAACUUGAACUUGCCCAAACCUGUGCAGAUAGAUGUUGCUGUUCCAGCCAACAUGCGCUGUGGAGUGCAGACCCCACCUUCCUGAGCUGUCCUGUCAGAUUCUCCUGUCCGUGGUCAAGAAUGCACCGGUGGGGCGAAGUGGGAGCUGUCAUUGCUGGGUCUCUCUCCUCUCCCACCCCUACUCCUUCCAGCUCUUUGAGCUUCUUAAAUAAAUUUUUUUUGUCUGUGAA